GGGGCGGAGCCAGUGAUGGACGGGAAAAGAAGCGGCUCGCCCAUUGGGCACCGCGGGAUGUUCAAACUAGUAUGGGAGGCGGUGAUUGGUGCCGACGCGGCGCGGCCCGUCGCCCCCGCCCGGGCGGGUCAUUGUCUGGCGGCUCCUGAGGCGGGUCGGGCGCGGCGGUGGCUUUGGGGUUCGGACGGCGGCGGCGGUACCAUGGCUGGCGGCAAGGCGGGCAAGGACAGCGGCAAGGCCAAGGCCAAGGCCGUGUCACGCUCCCAGAGGGCGGGGCUGCAGUUCCCAGUGGGCCGCAUCCACAGGCACCUGAAGACUCGGACCACCAGCCACGGGCGCGUGGGAGCCACGGCAGCCGUGUACAGCGCGGCCAUCCUCGAGUACCUGACCGCUGAGGUGCUGGAGCUGGCCGGGAACGCGUCCAAGGAUCUCAAAGUGAAGCGGAUCACGCCCCGGCACCUGCAGCUGGCCAUCCGCGGCGAUGAGGAGCUGGACUCGCUGAUCAAAGCCACCAUCGCUGGAGGAGGUGUCAUUCCCCACAUCCACAAGUCUCUGAUUGGAAAGAAGGGACAGCAGAAAACGGCGUAGAGGGAGUGCAGCACCGGAUCCCCCCGUCAUCGUACUGUACCUGGGCACAGGAACAUCUCGGGGAUACGAGGGAUUUUUUUUUAAGGAAUAGUUGAAGGGAAGAGCAUAGAGGAUUGACUGUAGAGGAAGCAUUGGGAUGGGUUUAGAUUCUGAGUAGGACACACCGUGGGCUGUGGGGCGGCAGCUGGGGGUGGGUGAGUGGCUCGGCUGCCCCCAAGUUUUAUACAAAAAUGGAACCCAUAAACCAUUUUUUACAAAAA